AUGGCCACGCCCACUGCCACUGCCACAUCCUACGUGAUGUAUAUAAUCCUUCGUCGUGAUCUCCAAACGAAACUUCAAUGGCCGCUGGGAGCGGUUUGUACACAGGCGGCUCAUGCCGCUUCUGCCGCUAUGUGGAUUUUUAGAAACGAUCCGAACACUGAAAUCUACACAAGCGACUUGGAUAAAAUGCAUAAAGUCACACUUGGAGUAGAUUCCGAAGAGGAGAUCAAAAAAGUGACCGAGAAACUGAUCGCCCGAAAAGUUGAUCACAAAGUGUGGAUUGAAGACGAUAUUCCAGUUUGUAUCGCACUGAAACCGUAUCCCAAAGAGGAAGUCAAAAAUGCGUUGAAGGGAUUGAAAUUGUUUUAG